AUGUCUCGGGCGCUCGCUCGAUGUCAUAAAGAUCGUGGUAUGAUGCUCGAGCUAAGAGCGGGCGCCACGAAGCCACCGAACCAUGGCGUAACAGAGUCUCAGCCGGUGACACCGCCUCGUGGGGGUCAGUGGCGGACAAUCUGCGGUCGGUUGGGCUGCUCGACGCCAAGCGCAGCCGCCUCCAUGGACAAUGUCCCUGAUCGCAAGAUCGACCCUUCCACGUGA